CGGCGAGCUGCACAGGUAGGGCCACAGCGAUGAAUGCAGCGCAAGCAUGUUGAGAAGUUGAAGUGGCUUAAAUGAGGAGCAGAGGCGGGGUGAAGUCCUGCCAGACUUGGGAGCCCAGCCGCAGACGCGCUGUUUUUGCUCGAUGAACCAACUGCUCACUUGACAAGUCCACAGCAUUGCGCAACCAUGGCGCCUUUCUUGCCUCCGGGGGCGUCCCAACAGCCCUGCAACAACCCCCCUCCCGUCGGUCCUGGUGCAACUGAGCUCCAUUUCACACUGAACGGCAAGCCCAUCUCUGUGCAAAACCCUGAUCCUCGCCGCUCACUAGCUGACUACGUUCGCAAAGAGGUGGGGCUAACUGGAACCAAGAUCAGCUGCAAUCAGGGGGGCUGUGGAGCCUGCACUGUAGUCCUGGCGGCGCCCCCCAGGGAAGGACUGCCAGCGUGGAAGAAGCCAGUGGACUCGUGCUUGCAGCCCCUGUGUUCGGUGGGGGGUUUGGAGGUGACGACAAUCGAGGGCCUGAAGGAUGGGAAGAAGGGAAUGCAUCCAUUGCAGAAGGCGAUUGUGGAGAAGGACGGAACGCAGUGUGGUUUCUGCACUGCUGGAAUGAUCAUGAGCUUCUACAGCCUCCUGGAAAACGACCUCCAACCCACGUCAGAAGCAAUUGAAGGCCGCUUGGACGGCAACCUGUGCAGGUGCACCGGUUUCCGCCCCAUCCUCAACGCCGGCCAAACCUUCGCCUGCGCCAAACCCUGCACGAAACCCUGCUCUUCUGACAUUGAAGACUUCUCUCCCCCCCUCCCCACGACUCAUCCUUCCCUAACCGCGCCGCUAAACCCUUCUAACCAACCCUGUUUCUGGUCCUCGGAAGACUACACCUGGUUCACUGCCACGUCACUCAGCCAGCUGUACACGGUUCUCCACGACCAGAUUGUCGCCUCUUCGGGCGACCUUAAGUGUGGCCCUGGGGCGCGGAUGGUCGCCGGAAACACCUCGGUUGGGGUGUACCCCCCCUCGGAGGCGGGGCUGCUGAUUGACGUCUCGAAAGUGCCGGAGUUGCUGGACGUGACCGUGCGAGAAGACGGGGUCGCGUUUGGCGGGGGGGUGACGAUCGCUGACGUCAUGAAGGUUUUGGACGGCGUCCGGGCACUGUCGUCGACGUACGGGCCGCUGGUCCAGUACAUGCAGCGGGUGGCAAAUCAUCAGGUCCGCAACAUGGGCUCUUUGGCGGGAAACCUUAUGAUGGCGCGUCUCCACGAAGGCUUCACCUCCGACUUAGCCACCAUUUUCAUCGCCGCCGGCGCGGUCCUGACAACCGGGUCAGCGCAAACCCUGGGCAAAAAGAAGGAGCGGGUUAGCAUAACCCAGUUCUUUGACCUGGAGCCGAAAGGCCUCGUGAUCGAGGAGGUGUUUCUGCCGGCGUAUGGGAAGGAGGAGAAGUUCGUCGGACAUAAGGUGGCGCUCCGGCGGCAAAACGCUCACGCGCUGGUCAACAUGGCGAUGCGCGCAGCGGUUACCGAUGAAGGAGUCUUCAGCACUGCACCCGUGAUCGUGUACGGUGGCGUGGCUGGCCGUGCGACACGUGCCAGCAAGACGGAGGAGUUCCUCAAAGGCAAAAGCUGGGGCGACGAGAAAGUCCUUCAAGACGCGCUGACCCUCCUCGGGGGGGAGCUUCAGGCGGACCCGUACACCCCCCGCCGCGAGUACCGCCAGUCGCUCGUCUCCGCGCUCUUCUACAAAUCGUACCUUGCACUAGCGGACCCCUCGAAACUGCCGCCGCGGCUCCGAUCCGCCGCCGCUACGUACGAGCGGCCUAUUUCCAGCGGCUCGGUUACGUUCGACACGGACCCGUCCGAGUAUCCCGUCAGCAAGCCAAUCCACAAGCUGUCGUCACAGAUCCAGACAACCGGCGAGGCGCAGUAUCUGGACGACCUCCCUCUGCGUGCCGACGCGCUCCACGCCGCUUUCGUCAUGUCGACGCAAGCCAACGCGACAAUCGACGUCAUCGACCCGUCAGCGGCGCUGUCGAUGCGCGGCGUCAAGGGCUUCAUUUCGGCUGCGUCGAUGAUUGAGGAUGGAUACGGGAACAUGGUCGGGGAGUACGAGUGCUUGGUCGCAAGCAAGAAGGUGGACUACUAUGGGCAGGCGAUCGGUCUCGUGGUGGCGGACUCUUACGAGCACGCCCGGGUCGCGGCAGAAAUGGUGAACGUGACGUACAAAGACGUCAGCAAGCCAGUCCUGACCAUCAAGGAAGCAAUCGAGGCGAAUUCGCUGUUCAAGGACAGUUACCGGGAGCUAGAGACAGGUGACGUCAGCAAGGGCUUCGCGGCCGCUGACGUCAUUGUGGAGGGCGAGGUGUCGCUGGGCCACGCGUACCAUUUCCAUCUGGAGACGCAGCGCGCGCAGGCGACGCCCGGGGAGGAGGGGGCUGUCGACAUCGUCACGUCAUCGCAGAACCCCUCGCAGGUCCAAGCCGUGGCGGCGAAUGUUCUCAACGUGCCCCAGCACAAAGUGACGGUGACGGUGAAGCGCGUGGGCGGGGCAUUUGGCGCCAAGAUCAACCGCUCCUCCCCGGUCGCUGCCGCCACCGCCCUCGCUGCGGACAAGUUCAGGCGGCCGGUUCGUACCGUUCUGGACCUCAGUACCAACAUGCAGAUGGUCGGGGGCAGAAACCCGUACUAUGUGAAGUACAAGGUCGGUGCGACUAAGGACGGAAAGCUGACGGCUGUCCAAAUGGCGAUCUAUAUGGACCAGGGCUACGCGUUCGACUUCGACGGCGCGGACAUGGCCGGCCUUUUCAUCUUCUUCGACAACGUGUACCGCUCCCCGGCCUGGCGCCUCGAGGGCUGGGUCGCCCGAACCAACCUCCCGGCCUGCACUUACAUGCGCGCCCCGGGCACGCUGGAGGGCAUCUACGUCAUCGAGCACGUCAUCGAACACGUGGCGCACAAGCUGGGCCUCCCCGCGGAUGACGUCAGGGAGCGCAACAUGUACCGCAAGGGUGACGUCACCCCGUUCAAGCAGACGCUGCACUAUUGCAACGUGCAGCUCGUGUACGAUAUGGUCAAGAAGUCGAGCAAAUAUUAUAAGCGGCGGGCAGAGGUCGAGGAGUUCAACAAGGCGAACCGGUGGGUUAAGCGCGGCAUCUGCCUGCUCCCGACCCGGUUCGUCGUCCAGUGGUCGGACUGUCCGUACAGUGCGCUGGUCAACAUUUACCCGGACGGUUCGGUGCGCGUCGACACUGCCGGAGUGGAAAUGGGCCAGGGGCUUAACACAAAGGUCGCCCAGGUGGCCGCAUACGCUCUGGGCACGUUCGCCAAAGGCGGCGUCCCGCUGUCUAUGAUCCGGGUCGGCCCCACCUCUACGCUGGUCGCCAACAACUCCUACGGCACCGAGUCGUCUAUCGGAUCGGAGCUUUGCAGCAAGGCCACCCAAAAAGCCUGUGCAAGGAUUGCGGAAAGCCUGAAGAUCGCCCGCAGGGCCUGCCUCGCCGAAUCAGGGGAGCCCACGUGGCAUCAGCUGAUUAACAAGGCGGUCGAACUCGGCCUAGACCUGCAGGCUACCGCGCGCGUCGACGAGGAUGCGCCGCCGUGGGGGCCCUUCCAAUAUAUGUCUUACGGUGCUGCGGUCACUGAAGCCGAAGCUGACGUCUUGACCGGAGAGUGGCGCAUCCUGCGGACGGACCUUCUGCUAGACGCUGGGAAGAGCCUUAACCCGGCAAUCGACGUGGGUCAAAUUCACGGGGGUUACAUCAUGGGUUUGGGUAACUUCCUGUGCGAGGAGAUUCUGUACAACGACGCGGGGAAGAAUAUCUCGGACACGACGUGGGAGUACAAGGUUCCGUCUUCCCAGGACAUCCCAGUGGAGUUCCACGUGUCACUCCUGCAGAAUAGCGGCAAUCCCUCCGGUUUCCUCCGCUCGAAGUGCUCCGGCGAGCCCCCGACCGCCAUGGCCGCGAGUGCCGUCCUGGCGAUCCGGUCUGCCGUCGCUUCCGCGCGUGCCGAGCGGAACGAGACCGCGUGGUUCCCGCUCAACUCGCCGGCGACCGUGGAGAAGAUCGCGCUCGCGGGUAGCACGCCCAAGGAACUGCUCACGCUCAAUGCCGAGUAGCAGAAGCGACGCUAGAAAUGAACACAAACGUAGGGGGUCAAUGGUUAGAUGUGCCACUGGAAAAGGGAACCGUCUCUGGGGCCAUUACCGCAAAGCGUUCAAAGCUGGUCGAAAAUAGGUGGUCGUGUACAUAGUGUCAAAGGUCAAUUGUCCAUACGACUCGCGUGAAAGGCUUGCGCUUUUUGGCAGAUUACCUGGAGGCAAAUGAAUACAUAAGCAUUAGCGCGACGGGUCACUUCUUACUCUGGUCGCCUACCUCUAAAGAGCUUCGGAACGAGUAAGCUUCGCUCCCAACGAAGCUUAAGUAUCAUAUUGAUUACACAACGCGCAAUAGAAGCUGAUAGUGGAUCGAACUUCCAUAGUCAUACGUAGGCAAGCGAAGCAAAGGGUAUCAGUACAGUGGGGGCACGCUCGCGGCCCUGUUUAACUAUGUACAUAUCGCAAAGUCCAAGGAUUUCCUUGGAAAGACUCGGUGUCAUUCGUCCAACACUUACCACCACUCAGCUUCUUGGCUCCUCAGACAAUGUACAAUCUAAAGGUUGAAGGUGGGUCCAAGAGGCUUGGGAGCCAUAUAGCAGACAACAGAUCAACGGACUCGACAUGAGAUAGUCUUCAAUUACAAAUCACGCACGCCAUGCUUGCAACGAUAGCAGCCUUCGAAGCCUGAAGGCAACACGUAGGUGAUCGGAAUUCCAUUGAACAAAACGAUUUUGACUGAAGCCUGGUCAGGAGGGGGUUAGCCGAACAGCAGUCUUUCUUAUCGUACUUUGCCAUGCAUUAAUUAGCACACUGAGUACGACGCCGCCGCGACGUGCUGAAUCAGGCA